AGUCUCGAGUCUGCAGCGUUAGUGCGCAUGCUCCUCUGCAUCCCGGAAGUUUUGAAUUGUGCAGCUGUGUGUAAAGUUGUGAGCCUUUUCCACGCUGUCGCUUUGAGUUUGAGCCCUGAGAGGCGAACACUCAUCCAGUUCUCCACCGGAAAAGAGACCCGGGGUGAAGCUCCCUCCUGUCCCGCCCUCUGAGCAGAUGUCCGGCUUCGACCUCGUCCCGGUGGACGGCGGGGAACGCAUCCACCUGCCGCCGGGGGAAACGGUGCUGGGCAGGGGUCCCCUCCUGGGAGUCAGUGACAAGAGAGUGUCCAGACAUCACGGGCUGCUGGACAACCUGAACGGACAGCUGCGUCUCAAACCGACCCACCUGAACCCGUGCUUUGUGCAGCCGUCUCUGACCGACGACCCCCGGCCUCUGCAGAGAGACUCCUGGUAUCCCCUGGAACAUGGAGACCUGUUCUCUCUGCUGCCGGGGCAGUUCAUCUACAGGGUGGUGGCCGUGGGCGGAGGAGACUCCACUCCCAGAAACAGUCAGAUGUUUGAAGAAGAAGAAGAAGAACUUCCUGCUCCUCCCCAGCCAGAUGAGGAACCACAGACUCCACCCGAUGAGGAGCCCACAGACCAGGAGGGAGCCGACCCGAGGCCCGACGGGAGCUUAACUCAGGGAGAAGACGAGGCGGAGGACGACCAACGUGACGUCACUCCGUGUGAACCCAGGAGGAGAGUUUUACCUGCGUGGAUGAUGGCGGCUGUCGCGGCUCCGCUCGGUUCUUCCUCCGGAUCCAAAGGUCAGUCAGCUGUGAAGGGAAGCGAAGGAGCUGCAGCGAGCAAACGAACCAAGACGUCGUCGCCCGAGGAGGAAAGGCCGACGAAGAGGAGGAGGAGGAGGAUACGUGAUGAUGAUGAAGAGGAGGAGGAAGCUCAGUCCAAAACAGAUGUUCCUUCAGCGCCGCCCGCAGUUCAGCUGCAGAGCCUCCGCAGCAGGUCUGAGGGGGACGAGGGAGGACGAGGAGGAGACGUCAGCACCGCCACACCGACGAAUGAGGACAAGGAGUCAAAAAAUGGACGACAAAUGACCAAAGGGGUGGAGUCUGUGGGGUCGAUCGGAGGCGCCGCGUCCAGACCAACGCCGUCCCGUCCUCGACUCAGAGCGCCGUGUCCCUACGGGAAGGACUGCUACAGGAAGAACCCGGUACAUUUCCACGAGUGCAGUCACCCCGGUGACACCGACUACGAGGAGGAGGAGGAGGAAGACGAGGAGGAGGAGGCAGACCGGCCUGAGUGUCCCUACGGCACUGACUGCUACAGGAAAAACCCUCUUCACCGGAAGGAAUACAAGCACACAAAGAAACCAGGGUUUGGCAGCAGAUCUACUUCCUGUCACCAGAGCCGGUCAGCGUCUGAGGACCCGCCGGGGCCGAUUGAUUUCUUUGUUAGCAGCUUGAAUAAUGUAAUCUCGUCGCCCUCCGGGCCCUGCGACCUCGUGGCCCCAACACACACACGACCGCCUGCCACCUUUUUAAUGAGAAUCUACUGCACUGAUGAGAAACGUGUCGCCCCGCAGUGCUGUGUUUGCAUUUCGAUUUCUCCGGUGACAUUUAGGCAGCAAUUUAUGUUGGGUCACUCGUCACAGCCGCCUGCUUGUUAACGGCGCUGUGUGCCGCCUCGCCCUGCGUUUGGCCUGACAGGACGUGAUGCCACAUGAUGUUAGUUUCUUCCACACUGCCUGCUCUGAAAGCACUGCUGCUUAACCCACAGAGAAAGAGAACAACAGAUCUCACAUCAGAAGUAAAUCGGUGCAUUCAGCCACAGCAGUCUAAGCAGCAAAAUGUUGUUAACCCACUGGACUCACUAAAGUUAUUAUUAUUAUUAUUACAGUUUCAGUGAGGUCUGUUAAACACCUGCUGAGGCUCUUGGUCAUUCAUGAAGACAGUAUUUUUUAAAUGAAUCUGUAAAGUAACUCCACGUCCUGAGGACCAGUUUGUGAUGCCACAGAUCACCUACGUCCCCGCCUUUGCCUGCCACCUGGCUUGCAAAGCACUCGACCCCAGCGCCUGUCUGUGCAGGUCGUGCCGUACCUGGC